CUUGCACCUCGAAUUUCUGAAAUUUGAUGUCAUCAAUCCUUCCGCACGAGCAAAAACACAACAGGAACAGUUAAAGUCAAUUCAAUCGAAAAACACAUUACUAAGUCACCAACUCUACUCGUUCUUACACAAAACAAUCUCAUGGGUUUGCCUGAAAUCGUUGAUGUUGCCCGUAACUUCGCUGUCUUGGUCAGAAUCCAAGGCCCCGACCCCAAAGGACUAAAGAUGCGAAAACAUGCUUUUCAUCAAUUUAAUUCUGGCAAGACAACACUUUCAGCUUCUGGGCUGUUAUUACCUGACACCCUUUAUGAUGCUGACUUGGCUAACCGGAUUUUGGAGGGUAAAAGCCAGGGUCUUGGGUUGGUAGUCACAGUUGCUUCUGUUGUUGAGCCUUUUUUGUCAUCAAAACAUAGAGAGGGCAUUUCUCAGGGUCCGCCCGAGUUGGUUCCUGGUGCUCAUGUUGAUGUUAUGGUAGAGGGAAAGUUGGGUUUGAGGAAAGAUGAAGAUGGGGGUUUGGAUAAAGGAGCUUCUUGCUGGCUAAGUGCACACCUUAUUAGAUUGGUUGAUGUUCCUGUAUCUUCCCUUGCCCUUCAAUCACUUGUUGAAGCUUCUUCAGGCUCAAUGGACCAUGGAUGGGAGGUUGGUUGGUCUCUGGCCUCACAUGAGAGUGGUCCUCAGCCUUUUAUGGAUGUUGGCCAGACACAGACUGAGCAUGGAAAUGCUUCUACUGUGGAGAGCCACAGGCAUGCAAGGGGAGGAUCUAGCAAUCCAAGUAUUAUGGGCAGGUUGACCACAAGGGUUGCUAUUCUUGGUGUUUUCUUACAUUUGAAGGAUCUGCCCAGCUUUAAAAUAUUGGCAUCAAGAAAAAGGGGGGAUUUUCUUUUAGCAGUGGGUUCUCCUUUUGGUGUCCUCUCACCUGUCCACUUCUUUAACAGCUUGUCAGUGGGAUCCAUUGCCAACUGCUAUCCUCCUAGAUCAUCUGACAUAUCAUUGCUGAUGGCUGACUUUCGGUGUCUUCCAGGAAUGGAAGGUAGUCCAGUUUUUGGUGAAAAUUCAGAUUUCAUUGGCAUAUUGAUUAGACCAUUGAGGCAAAAGAGUACCGGCGCUGAAAUCCAGCUGGUGAUUCCGUGGAAAGCCAUUGCAACUGCUUGCAGUGACUUGCUGCUGAAGGAGCCUCAAAAUGCUGAAAAAGGGAUUCAUAUUAAUAAGGAAAACUUAAAUGCUGUAGGGAAUGCAUACAACCCUAAGUCAGAUGGAUCCUUCCCUUACAAGUAUGAGCAUCAUAAUUCUCAUUGCCCUUCCCCACUGCCAGUUGAGAAGGCUAUGGCUUCUAUUUGUCUUAUUACCAUCGAUGAAGCUGUAUGGGCAUCUGGGGUUCUGCUUAACGAUCAAGGUCUGAUACUCACAAACGCUCACCUGUUAGAACCUUGGAGAUUUGGGAAAACAACUGUAAAUGGUAGAGAAGAUGGAACCAAAUCAGAGGAUCUUUUUUUUCCACCCAAGGAAUUUUCUAGAUAUAGUGAAGUUGAUGGCUACAGGAAGAGUCAGAGGUUGCCACCAAAGACAAUGAACAUUGUGGAUUCUUUGGUGGCUGAUGAGAGGAAGGGAUACAAAUUGAGUUUGUCUUACAAAGACCGUAGAAAUAUACGUGUUCGUUUGGACCAUGCUGACCCUUGGAUUUGGUGUGAUGCUAAAGUAGUGUAUGUUUGUAAGGGACCACUGGAUGUUGCCCUUCUGCAGCUUGAGCAUGUUUCAGAUCAGCUUUGCCCUACCAAAGUGGAUUUCAAAUCUCCAUCUCUGGGAUCGAAGGCGUAUGUCAUCGGACAUGGACUAUUUGGACCCCGAUGUGGUUCCUCCCCCUCUGUUUGCUCCGGAGUGGUAUCAAAAAUAGUCAAAACAAAGGCACCCCAAUAUUGUCAAUCCCUUCAAGGAAGGAAUUCACACGUUCCAGCAAUGCUUGAAACAACAGCUGCUGUCCACCCAGGUGGUAGUGGUGGUGCUGUCAUUAAUUCAGAAGGUCAUAUGAUUGGACUUGUUACCAGCAAUGCAAGGCAUGGUGGAGGAACAGUUAUACCGCAUCUGAACUUCAGCAUUCCAUGUGCAGUUUUGGCGCCUAUCUUUGAUUUUGCAAAAGAAAUGCGGGAUAUAGCACUUCUGCAAAAUCUUGACCAACCAAAUGAAGACCUUUCUUCUGUAUGGGCAUUAAUGCCACCUCUCCCCCCCAAACCAACCCCUCCUUUGUCUACUCUGCCAGAGUCAAUAUUGCAAGAUAAUGAGAAACAAGUGAAGGGUUCUAGAUUUGCCAAAUUCAUUGCUGAAAGAGACAAGCUUUUUAGAGGUUCAACUCAACUAGGCAAGGCCGGGAGCAUUUCAAACGUGAUUUUCCCCAGUAAGUUAUGACAUUGCAAGCUGGAUAAGAAUGAACAUGUCAGGGGCAGGCUAUUGAAGAGUGGAUUGGUCAAGAAGUAUGCUCCUGCAAGUCGAGGAUUGUAACAUAAUAGAAAUUCAAAGGCACCCAAAUAAUGUUGCUGUACACUAAACAGCACUAUCCCUCUCUGUUUUCUGUAUGCUAUUUAUGUUUCGUGAUUAGAAUUCCAAAUUUGAAAUUCUUUUUGUCAUAGUUCGAUUCAAUUUAAGGUCAGAGUUUCCCUAAACACCUCUUAUAUCAGUUGCAGGAAUUCCUUCAAUUUAUGUUCAUUUUCUCCGACAA